AUCUCGCUUCUGUCGUUGCUUUAUUGGGAUUGAACAUAAUUAAUGUUUUUUUUUACGCAAAAACAGUCCGCAUGAGGGCAUCCUCAAUGUAUAUGUAACAAUGGGCACUAAUGUGCAGAAAGCAUUAGCUAUGAUAAACUCCACAAUGGUUAAAACCUAUGAGAGAAAAUAAGAUGGGUCCCACUUGGUAAAAAAAUUAAGUUGUCUACCAGCUACAGGCCUGCAGUUGUUGGGACUAACCAGUUGAUCGAUCAGUACUGGAUCCACCGAUCGAAUUGAGGUUGUUAACAUGUGGCAGCAGCUGGUGAUGGCGUCGAUCGAUCGCGGUCUCGCCGUGUCGGUGUCGUCUCUCCUGAUCAUUAGCAGAGGCGUGCGCGCCGUGUCUCGCGCGCUCGUUCGCCUCGCGCUCCUCCUCGUGCACGUCGUCGACGAGGACGACGACUAUCGCUACUGCGCGGCCGCUGCUGCUGGCGACGCCGUCGUCCAGCCUCCGCGGCUGCGUUGUUGCGAGCGGUGCGCUGACCGGAUAAGGGGCGGCGAGGACGAUGACGCCGCCGCCGCGGCGCGGCUGUCUCGCCACGACGUCACGGCGGUCGUGGCGAGCCUCGGCCUGGUCGCCGCCGACGAGGAUGAUGAGGAAGGCGAUCAUCAGGAGCCGUGCGGCGCGUGCGAGGAGGUGGCAGAGCUGGCGGAGAGCAAGAUGGCCGGGGAGGGCGAGCUGCGGCCUGCGGGAGGCGUUCCGCGCGUGUUCGACCGCGACGGGGACGGGUACGUGAGCGCGGCGGAGCUGCGGAGCGUGCUGCGGAGGCUGGGCAUGGAGGAGGGCGCGCGGCACGGCGACUGCGUCAGGAUGAUCGCGGCGCACGACGGCGACGGCGACGGCCGGAUCAGCUUCCAAGAGUUCAGGGCCAUGAUGGAGAACGCGGCUUAGAAGACACACCAACCAACCAGCUAGACAACCGGAGUUCACACGUACGGCGUAUUGGAUUAGUGUAUAAUUAAGUCAGUACCGCUUGAUUCAUCUUGUCGAAAAAUGUUGGCAGGUGACUUUGAUAGUCAGUACUCCAUACCAUUUUGUUGAGUUCCAUA